AUGGAUCAAAAUUAGCAAUAUUUGAUUGAAGUUCUUGCCAGAAAAGUUACAUUAGAACUAUUGAAUCCCCUUUAAAAUAGGUAAAGAUUAAGACUUAUAUAGAAUCAUAAAUUUGUAAUAAGAUUAUACCAAUAUUGACUAAGCGAUUAGCAAACAUACUCAAGCAAUUUCUAUAAUUAAUUAACAAUAAUAGUAAAGAUAACUUUAAGAUUCGAUUUAGUUAAAAAAUAUGAAUGAAUUACAUACAACAAUUGCAUCUUUGGUAUAAAUUUAUAUUAAUUAAGGAAGAAAAACAAAUCUUAGCAAUAUAAACGUAAAAUCAAACUUUUACUAACCUAAUGGAUAGAAUUGAACAUUACAGUUAAUAAUUAAAUGAUAGAUCAGAAAAACUCAAAGAAUUACAAUAAUAAUAUUAAUAGUUGAAAGGAGAUUAAAAUUUUGUCCAUUAAACUUAUAUCACAAAUAUUGAUAAUAUUUAAAAGAGAGUUAAUUAACUAAUUUCUACUUAAAGAGAGGAGACUGAAGGAAAUAGAUUCUCAGCUGAUAAAAUAGAUUCUAAAAUGUAAGAUUUAAUUGAAAAACUAAAUAAAAUCUAAGAAAAGACAGAUUAAUAUUAAUAAACUUAUCUGCAAUAAAAUGGGCUAAACAAUUAAGUAAAUGAAUUGGUUGAACAAUUUGAAAGAAUUAAGGAGUAAACUAUUCUUAAAGAAGAAUAUGAAAAAUCUAUUAAAUAAUAAAGUGAUCACUUUAAGUGUGAACUCAAUACUAUUUAAUUCAAAUAUCAAUAAAUUUUAAGUUAAAAUAAUAGGAACAUAACAUAAAUGUAAUAGUAAAUAGAUAGUUUCUAAUAUUAAAGAGAAGAUACUUAAAGAUAAUUUUCUAAUUUUUAAGGAUAAUUAAAUGAUUUAAGAAUAGAAUUUGAAAAUAAGAACUCAGAAAUAUUAAAAUCUAUAAAUAAUUAAAAAGUACUUUUUGAAUAGAGGUAUGAGGAAUGGAGUGAAACUUUUCAUUCAGUUUAGAAAGUUGUGGAAUAAUUUAAAUUCGAUUUUACUAGUAUGAAAUAGAAUUAUAAGAAAACUAUUUUAAAAUAUGAUGAAGUUUUUGAGUAAUAUAAGGAAAAAUGUGAUAAUGAUAUUAUGUAAAUAUUGAAUAGAAAUACAAAUAUAUAAAAAUAAUAUCUAGAUGAAUAAAUAUAAAUAAUGGAUAACCAUUUUAUAGAAGAAUUGUAAUCUUUAUAAAACUAAUUGAUACCUAAUAUAAUUUAAAACAUCACUUCACUUGAUAAUGAAGGAAAAUAAAAUCAGUAAAUUUAAAAAAAAAGUAAAUUAGAUAUUGAUGAUAAUUAAUCUAAGUAAUACAUACUAUAAGUUCCCUCUAAUUAAACAAAUAUUAAUCCCCACAGAAAAAGUAAAGUAUAGAAAGAUACAGUAGAAGCUGAAUCUCCAUUAGGUAUAAAUAUAACCAGUAUUCAUGUAUCAGGAAAUAAUAAAUCAAUUAGAUCUAAUAGUAGAAUGGAUGGUUAUAUUGAAUAUUAAUCAUUUGAAAAGAAAUAAUCAGUAUCAAAAGGAAUUGAUAAUUUAGAGUUAAUAGAAAUAAAGUAAUAGUUGGAGAAAUUGUUAGAAUCUUAAAAGUCUUGUUAAUUUUAAUACUAAUAAUAAGAUAAGGAUUUAAAGUAAUUAAAUGAUAAGGUCAAAAAGCAUCAUGAAAGAUUAGAAUUCUUUUUCUUAUAAACUAAAACUUAAUUGAAUAAAUACAAUUCUAAAAUUGAUACAAUUUAAAAUGAUACUAAAAUAGGGUAACCAUAACCUGACAGAGAAUUUGUAGAUUUAAAUUAUAUUAAAAGAGAACUUGAAUAGUUGUAAGGAUAAAUUACAAAAAUUAAAUCUGAUAUUUAAAAUGAUGCUACAUUUACACAUCAAUAAAUUAAGAAUUUAUAGAAAAUUAGAGAUUAAAUCUUACCAAAGCAAUAAGAGUAACAAAUCAAGAUGGAUUAGUUAGAUGAAUGUUAAAAAUUAAUGAUUAUUUUAUUACUUUAAAAUGAAUUGGUUUAAAUUAGUCAUGAAGAUGGUUUAUAUAGAGUAGAUUAAAAUGUUAAUAAUUUACAUUUUGAAUUUCAACCUGGUUUGAAAGAUGAAAACACUCAUAUAACUUAUAGACAAUAAAGAAUAUCUAAAGUAGAUUUCAUAUUAAAUUAAAUAUUGUCUAUCAAAAAAAUAACUUUAUCAACAAGUAGAAUAGAUUUAAAUUUAUCAUAAUCUUAAACCCUUAGAAAAUAAUAAACAAAUAGAAACUUAAAUAAAAAUGGCAAAAUAAGCAAUUCUGUGAUAGUAGCAAAGAAUUAAAAAUUAAAUGAAUCAACAAGAUUGACAAUGAGAAAUACAUUUACAGUAGAGAUGAGUUAAAAAUAUAUGAAUAGAAGUUAAAGGCAAAGAGAUACAUUUUAUUAAGCCAAAAUAUCAUUAUCAAAUUAGCGUUUAAAUUAAACUUUAACUGAUUGA